AUGAUUUUAGAUCGGUGUAAAACAGUGGUAAUAUUGUCUAGUGUUAUAUGUACGCUCGCAGUGGUCAUAUCGCUUCACAGGUUGCUUAACUACGAAAUCAAACUUAUUAAACCUUUCUCUCCGAUCCCCGCGGGUUUAUAUGGCAAUUACUUAGAGCCUAUCGUUGAUGAAUCCCCACCUACGGUUUUAAAAGGUGUUGAUAAGGCUCGUGAUGCAGAAGCAGUAGGAUCUCUUAAUGCUGCAUUAGAAAUGAAGAGAAACGGUAAGACUGAUAAAGCGUUAAAACUCUUCCAACACGCUUUUGCUCUUUCCCCAAAACAUGCAGACAUUUUAAAUCAUUAUGGCGAAUUUUUAGAAGAUACAAAGAAAGAUGUAGUUAAGGCUGAUCAGUUGUACACUUUAGCAUUAUCAAAUUUUCCCGACCAUACUGAUGCUUUGGUUAAUAGGCAGCGCACUGCAAGUAUUGUUGAAAACAUGGACAGAGAAAUGCUACGAAAAAUUGACGAAAAACGAGAUGCACUACUGUCAAUACCAGAAAACAAUUCUGCAUUAAUGAGAGCGAAGAAAGAGGCAUACUUCCAACACAUUUACCAUACAGUUGGUAUAGAAGGCAAUACCAUGAGUUUGCAACAAACUCGGAGUAUUUUAGAAACAAGAAUAGCGGUGGCAGGGAAGAGUAUAGAUGAACACAAUGAGAUUUUAGGUUUAGAUGCAGCUAUGAAAUACAUAAAUUCCACAUUACUUUACCGUUUACGAGACAUCACUAUGGGAGAUAUUCUUGAGAUACAUAAAAGAGUUCUAGGACAUGUGGACCCAGUAGAAGGUGGUCAUUUUAGGAGAACUCAGGUGUAUGUCGGUGGUCAUAUACCACCAGGACCAUCUGAAAUUCAACGACUAAUGACACAGUUCCUCGAUUGGUUGAAUUCUGAAGAUGCAAUGGACCUGCAUCCAGUUAGGUAUGCAGCCCUAGCACACUACAAGUUGGUAUACAUCCACCCAUUUGUGGAUGGCAACGGCCGGACUUCACGCUUACUGAUGAACCUGUUGCUGAUGCAGGCGGGAUAUCCGCCAGUGAUCAUCACCAAGCAGCACCGCCAUCUCUAUUACCAGCAUCUACAGACUGCCAAUGAAGGCGACGUGAGACCCUUUGUCAGAUUUAUUGCGCAGUGUACCGAGCGGACUUUGAACCUUUAUCUGUGGGCGACGAGUGAAUAUAGUCAUAUGGUGAAGGCGAUAGGCGAGCCUCACAUCCUUACCGGUGAGGGCCUUGAAGAUGACCUGCUGUGA